AUGGAAGUCGACAGCUCCGCCGCUUCGUCCUCCCAGACCCCGCUCUCCUGGAUCGAGCACAAGGAGGCAUCAUCCCCAGCAGAGCUCAAGAGCUGGUUCACCAAGAUCAGAGAGCAGUAUGAGCGCAAGCUGUGGCACAACUUGACUGUGACACUGCUGCAAUUCAUAUAUCUCCCAGAGGCCGGUCCUCACUUGAUCGAGCUUUGGAACAACUUCAUCCACUCGUUAGAGGGCAAGGCGAACCGACUGCGCCUAAUGGAAAUAGCUCGCAGAGUCGGUCGCGAAUUCACCGAACCUGAACUCACCCUCAAAUUCCUGCGCGAAGUCCUCGAACGCAUCCCUUCCCCAUACCCCACCGAAGCCACCGAGUCCACCCCCGCCGUAGCCGCUGCCCCCCGCCCCAUGCCCGAAGCGUACUGCCUCAACCUCUCCUCCAUCGCCUACGCCCAGCUCCUUCUCGGUGACCUCCCAGCAUGCAAGAAGACACUGGACGAGUGCGAGAAGCUGCUUGGCGAGCAAGACACGGUCGAGCCAAUUGUCAAUGCGGGCUUUUACGGCGUGGCGGGUGACUAUCAUAAAGUCAAGGCCGAGUAUGGGCCAUAUUUCAAAAACUCGCUUUUGUACCUCGCGUGCAUCGAUAGCGAGACGGAAUUGGUGCCUGAGGAUAGGGUGGCGAGGGCGCAUGAUCUUUGUAUCGCUGCGUUGCUUGGAGAGACGAUCUAUAACUUUGGGGAAUUGCUCCAACAUCCCAUCCUCCAAUGCCUGGCUGGUACAGAGCACGCCUGGAUCAAGGAUCUCAUCAGCGCCUUUAACGCCGGCGAGAUUGGGAAAUUCGAAAGCCUCUCGACCAACUUCGCCAACGAGCCUAUCCUCGCCCAGUCCAUCGCAUUCCUCCGUCAAAAGAUCUGCCUCAUGGCUUUGAUCCAAACGGCCUUCUCACGACCCCGGGACGGUGCCAGCCGCCUCAUGACAUUCCAGCAGAUCGGGGAGGCGACGCGGUUGCCAGUGUACGAGGUGGAGCAUUUGUUGAUGAAGGCGCUGAGUCUCUCGCUCAUCCGCGGAUCGCUCGACCAAGUCUCCAGCACGGUCGAUAUCACCUGGGUCCAGCCCCGCGUCCUCGAGGGUAGUCAGCUCGAUACGCUCGCCACUCAGUUCAAGGCGUGGACGGCCGCGGUGGGCAAGACGGAGCAGAACGUGGAUGAGCUGCGUGGGGAGGCGAGGCAGCUUGUCGCGGCGUCGUAA